AUGGUGUUACUUUUCGUUGCACCGCUUUCUACAAGUCGAACUGGAGCGUCUCCGGGUGGUCAGCAUGCGCUCUGGUCGGAGAGACGACCCAAGCGAGGUUCGAGCGCUCUCCGAGCACGUGAGGAGGCAGCGGAAACCUCUGCCUCCGCUGCUGCGCCCUGUAAGCUCUGCGGUGGCAGCGGACGUCUUCAGGGUGGGCUCGCAGCCGUGCGCGGCUUUCACUGGUGGCCAAUCAAAGCCUAUCGGCCGUGUCCUGCUUGUGAAGCUGGUAGACUUCGUUACCGCCGCCGUGGCCAGUCCCUCCAGGACUUUGUAGGAAACGGGAGAGGCACAACCGAAACUGAGCCGCCUGCCUCGUGA